AGAUUUACUAACCUUCAAAAAUGGCAUCUUUAACACUUAAUAAUUUUUUUUUUACAUUAUCAAGCAACGAUUUUUAUUGUUUAAAUCUUUGUUUGCAAAAAGACAUCGAUUAAGUGUAUUUUUAUCAAAAUUUAGGUAGAGCGGAUUAUUUUAAACAUUUACCAAACGCGCAGGUAGAAUAAAAGCUAUACAAAACACGUGGAGCAAAUGAUAUUCUUUUCUCUAUGUUCAAUUUUUUCUUUAAAACGUAUUGUACAGCAGCAAACGUAGGAAUUUCUAAAUUGUCAAUAGAAAUGACAAAUCAAAAAACUCCAUUGAUUUUCGAAAUAUUCGCUGAAUGUCAAACUACAAAAGCCAGAACUGGCAGAAUGACACUCGUUCAUCAUUAUGUGGAUACGCCGGUAUUCAUGCCAGUGGGAACUCAGGGAACAUUAAAAGGAUUGCUGCCCCAACAAUUGGAACAAUUGAAUUGUCAAAUUAUUCUUGGCAAUACUUAUCAUCUUGGAACUAGGCCUGGUGCAGAUGUCCUGCGUAAAGCUGGAGGUUUGCAUAAAUUCAUGAAUUGGAAAAGAGCUCUGUUAACAGAUUCAGGUGGUUUUCAAAUGGUUUCAUUAUUACACCUAGCUGAAAUAACAGAAGAAGGUGUUAAGUUUAAAUCACCAUAUAAUGAAUCUGAAUGCAUGUUAACACCGGAACAUUCAAUUCAAAUCCAAAAUGUGAUUGGUGCUGACAUAAUUAUGCAACUUGAUGACGUUGUUAAAAGUACUUUAACUGGACCAAGAGUAGAAGAAGCAAUGCAUAGAACAACACGUUGGCUAGAUCGUUGUUUGUCAGCACAUGAAAGAUCAAAUGAACAAAGUAUAUUUCCAAUUGUGCAAGGUGGUCUCAAUCCCGAAUUACGAUCCGAAAGCGCACGACAAUUAACUAAGCGAAAAGUAAAUGGAUAUGCCAUAGGAGGAUUAAGUGGUGGGGAGAGUAAAGAUGAUUUUUGGAAAAUGGUCCAUCUAUCAACAAAUAUCCUUCCAAAGGAUAAACCGCGAUAUCUUAUGGGUGUUGGAUUUGCAGUUGACCUAAUUGUAUGCAGUGCGUUAGGAAUCGAUAUGUAUGAUUGUGUAUUUCCAACAAGAACAGCUAGAUUUGGUUGCGCUUUGAUACAAACGGGACAGUUAAAUUUGAAGCAAGCUCAAUUUAAAAAAGAUUUAAUACCAAUAGACAAAUCGUGUGAGUGUAGCACCUGUAAAACUUACACACGCGCUUAUCUUCAUCAAAUCGCUACAAUAGAAACAGUAUCAUGUCAUUUGUUAACUGUUCACAAUGUCGCGUUUCAAAUGAAGUUAAUGCAAGACAUUAGAGACAGUAUAAAAGAGCAAAGAUUCCCUAGAUUUAUACAGGAAUAUAUGUUGGCAGUUUAUCCCAAUAAGGAUUAUCCAAUAUGGAUAAUUAAUGCUUUGGAGGCUGUUAAUGUUACUCUAUUAUAAAACUAGAAUUUUUACACUAAUAACUAAUUUAUUCCUUAUAUUAAGGUGCGAUACACAAUAAUACAAUAUACAUAUAUAUAAAUACUUAUUGCCCCAUGUAUAUAGGCAUAAGUCUGAUAAUGAUAUCAUUUGUUAUCAAUAUACAAUAUGAUUAUGGACCAAUAAUUUAUAAAUAAAAAAUCAAUCUUCUAUUAUAGGAUAAGCAUA